GAUAACUUAAUUCAAGUAAAAUCAAAUGUAUCUUUAUUGAUACACACAAUUAUGCGAUAGUAGAGAAGGGAAAAGAAGAGAGAGAGAGAGAGAAAAGGGGUAAAGGAUGGUAUAGCUACCGACUGAACAGACAUGAGUCCUCGUGACGCUGGUACCAAUAGACCACCUUUGCAGUCCUCGUGGCGCAGGCCAAUAGAUCCGUCGUCUGCCGGGGAGGCCUCAAAGUGUGAGUCGCAGGGGGAAGCUUUUAGAGUCAUUUCAGAAGCAGGGGGCACCCAGCCAAUGCAGGCAGAAGUGGGGGGCACCUGGCCAGCGUGGGGGGAGCAGCCAAGAGUCACUGUGAGGAGGCCUGUUGCUCUGGGAAUCAGGUGCAACCAUUCAGAUCAGGCACGUUUGGGGCAAGCAGGUCUGGGCUCUGCAGCAGGUACAGCACAGUCAGUCAAAGCAAACAUGGCCUCUGCAAACACGGCCCAGGAAGCGUGACAGUGUCCAUUGUUCCUGCACAGGUCCCUGAGGAGGGCGUCUUGGUCCAGUGGGUGCAGCUGCAGGGAGAAGCUUGGAUCUCUCCUGUGCUGUGGUCCAGGGUCCAUGGGGGUCUCAGCCUCUGACAGUCGUGAGGCAGAUGAGGGAUUUUCAGACCAACUCUUACAAAGGGUUAGUUUGUAAAGCCAGCUGAUCACAGAGUGACAGCCUGAGGCAUCCAUGGGUCUUGUCUGCUCUGCCUGUUGAGUGGGCAGUCACCACAGAGGAUGCCCACUGUUUCUGACCAGGGCUCUGCUAAUUUGUGCUGGACAGUAGUCAAAUACAUAAGAGUAGUUUAUAAAUUAGUUGAGCUGGAGUUGCCAAACUUGGCUGAGCUAUAUCUGAGCAGCCUGGAUGGAAAGCCUUUGCAACUGAUAUUGUCCUCAAGCAGCUGAUCAUCAGAGCAUUUCCUUCCCCUACCCAAACCAGCAAAAUGACCACACACAGCAGGCAGAGCUCUUCUACGUCUAUGGUCAAUAACUUGGCCAAAAUAUUCGAUCCAAACACUUUGCAAAGCCAAGGGCCAGAUAAUGGAAUGGAACCUCCUCAAAGUCUUCCUGUUGAGAAAAUUGAUGUCAGCACAUCUGAAAGUUCCAGCAUCAUGGAUGUGAAGUUUGCCUCCCUUGAAGAGAAAAUUGAUAAACUCUUGACUCUCCAAGACAAUGUCCUUAAGAAGCUUAACAGUGUUUCCCAAGAAAUCUGUUUCAUUGAAAAAGACAUGGAGAUGGUAAAGGCAGAAACAUCUGAACCUGGAUCAAGGAUGGAAAGAAACAAAAAUAUGAGAAAUAAUGAAGUGAAGAGACUUUGCCUUAAAAUGAAAAAAUCUCUCUCUGAUAUAAACAGGAAAGCAGAGCAGCAGGUUAAAAGGCUAGAUGGACUUGAACAAAGUGUUUCUGGACUACAGAAACUUGUAGGACCUCUGGUAGAGAAGGUGAAAACAUUAAUAAUUCAUAAUUCAAGUGUAAAACAUCAUGUUAAAAAACGUAAAGUUUGCAAGGCAGGAGCUGAACAUCCCUUUAGGAUGCAUGUUUUCUCGGAGACAACAGCUGGUGAUCUGCUCAAGAAGAAAAAUGAAAAGGUCAUCAAAGAAAAGUCCCAUUUUGAUGCAACAGAAACAAAAGAAAAGAAGCCACCAGAUUCAACAGAUGAGGACACCCAGCAGAGUCAGUCCUGCUCUCAGGAAGAAGAAGUUGAUAAGCUCAACAAGGAAAAUGCCAAGAGGGAAAGUUCUGUUCUGCUUGAAGUGGAUCCUCCCAAAUUUCAUACUGAAGAGUCAGAGGAGAAAGAACAAAAUUUGUCUUUAGAAAGCCAUUACGUAUACAGGAGAAACUCUUUUCAGGAAUCUCUCACCCCAGAAAAACAGCAGGAAGAAGAUGCUGUUGAUGAUGCUUGUCAAGAGCUAACUGUGCAGGAGAUAGAGAGUGAGUCCCCAGCAGAUGAGGAGAAGAAGGAACAUCAGGUGCCUGAAGAUGCACAUGAGGAACAGCAAGAGGAGAAAGAGAAUGAAGGAGAGGAAAAUGCUGAUAAGAGUGAAAAAGGUGCUGAGGAACCACCAGCUCCUUCCCAAAAGGAAGAUGAGGCAGAAGAAAGAGAUGAUGAAGAGGUAUCAGAGGGAAGGUGUAAAAGCUGCGAAAAAGAUGAUAUUCCUACUCCACCAGCACCAUUUGAUCACCGGAUAGUCUCAGCCAAAAGGGUGGGGAUCAGCAAUUAUUACAACGUCAACGAGGAUGAAAUUCUGGGAGGAGGACGAUUUGGGCAAGUGCACAAAUGUGAAGAGAAAGCAACAGGUCUCAAGCUGGCAGCCAAAAUUAUAAAAGCACAAGGUCCAAAACAGAAGGAUGAAGUAAAAAAUGAAAUCAAUGUUAUGAACCAGCUGAAUCACGUCAACCUCAUCCAGCUAUAUGAUGCUUUUGAAUCUAAAAAUGACAUUGUACUCGUCAUGGAAUACGUGGAAGGAGGAGAGUUAUUUGACCGAAUUAUUGACGAAAACUACAAUUUGACAGAGAUGGAUACUAUCUCGUUCAUAAAACAGAUCUGCAAGGGAAUUCAGUACAUGCACCAAAUGUACAUUCUUCAUUUGGAUCUCAAGCCUGAGAAUAUCCUGUGCGUGAACCGAGAUGCAAAUCAAAUAAAAAUUAUUGAUUUUGGAUUGGCAAGAAGAUAUAAACCCAGAGAAAAACUUCGAGUUAACUUUGGGACUCCAGAAUUUCUUGCUCCUGAAGUUGUGAAUUAUGAGUUUGUCUCUUUUCCUACAGACAUGUGGAGUUUAGGAGUCAUUGCUUAUAUGCUCCUCACUGGAUUGUCUCCUUUUUUGGGUGAUGAUGACAAUGAGACCCUCAACAAUAUCCUGGCCUGUAACUGGGAUUUUGAAGAUGAGGAAUUUCGAGAUGUUUCUGAUGAGGCCAAAGAUUUCAUAUCAAAGCUUCUCAUCAAAGAAAAAUGCUGGAGAUUAAGUGCAACUGCUGCCUUAAAACACCCCUGGUUAACAGACCACAAGCUCCACUACAGACUACAGAAAAAGGCUAAAGGUGUCUGUGUGUCUCAAGCACCCCCGGCUCAAUAGCCUCUCUGAACGAGCUGCCAAACAGAAGAAAAGCUGCUGUGUGGUUACUGCUGCUAAGAGAUUUGAAAAUAUCAGCCGUCUCGGUGCUUUACCCUCCUGCCAUGACUGAGACUUCUAAAUGGACCAACAGCUCUUUAGUUGCAGGACAAGUCCCAGCAUUGUGGAGCUGCUUCUUUAUUCAGCUGUUAAAAGAAGGAAAGUAUUUCUCCAGGUUGCAGGAACGUGUUUCUUCUGGAGCAGCAUGUUCUCCAUGCCUGCAAGUGCUACAUUAGCUUGGUUUCAUAAUGAACUUCUCUCUAUAUAGUCUUAUAUUCUCAUUUACUUAUCAAAGACUCCCUAAAGUUUAAAUUACCAUGUCAAAUUAACUGUUUCUCAUCGGAGCCCAGAAGGCAACCUGUCAUAUGUUAUAUCUGUAGCCAAGGUUCAUUUGACACUGGAAUCACAUAAUUUAAAAACAAAACAAAACAAAAAAAAAUUGCAGCAAAUUUAAAGCUGCUUUCUGUAGAAGAUUUGAAGUUUGUUUUUUCUGUCACACUAAAAUGAGUUAAGGAUUAGCACAACCAGAGUUAAAGCCACGUUAAUGUAACACCAGUGGAAGGGAGAAAUGAGUCUUUCCUUGUGUAUAAGCGAAUUUUCCACAACUGUGAUACAGUACAUUUCAGGAUUUUUGGCCCGAUGAAUUACUGCCUGUUGUAAAUACACUUGGAUU